AUGGCGUCGGUCGUGCGAUCGACAGCCCUUCGUGCCGGCGGCGCCUGUGUGCGCUGUCGGAAAGGCAAGACUAAAUGCGUCUACGAGAACGGCCGAUCACCGUGCAAGAAUUGCGCAAAAGGCAUGCACGAAUGUUAUCUACCCUCCGAGUCCAUGAGUCACGGCGGCCAUGGAGUAUCACCGGCACGCGUCCAGCAGCGGGCUCGCGAGUCCCUACCCAGCGAGCGGACUGUCUCUAGCACAUCGGGCGACCGUCAGGCGCCUCCGCCCUCAAGCGUGUCACGCCACGUCUCAACGACGACUGAAAAACUUACACCGGAGCUGAUGCAAGAGGGCGAGCGCGUCAUCUCAAAGACGUUGCCAGCAUGCGUGGCUUUCCACAAGCCAUCUUUCCUUCAACAGCUCAAGAAUGCUUCCAUGGACCCCACCAUGGUUAAUGCGUUGCUGACCACCGCUGCUCGGCAUUCUCCAGCCAUGAUUCGUCGGUAUGGGGCCCAUGGCGGCGGUUCAGCCGCCGCUGAACACUUCGCGAGCAAGACCAUUGGCCUCAUCAUGCAGGCCAUGGACCAACCCAGCCUUGCGGAUAUCCAAGCCCUCUGCUUGCUUGUCGUCCACGAGUGGGGCUGCCGCAAUGCUGUGCGUGCCUACGUCUACCUCGGUCAGGCUGCCCGUAUGGCACAGAUGUACCGGGUUGUCCACACCCACCUCCAGCAGCCCGAGCCGGACCAGUUCCUCCAGGACGAGUCAUUCCGACGCACCCUUUGGCUGAUCUACAUUCUCGACUGCUUCCUCACCAGCAGCCCUGGGCGCCACCCGGCUCUGUCGUCGCAUGACGUCAAAGAUGUAUCGCUCCCAUGCCUCGAUAUGAACUAUCACUUUGGGAGCCCGGUUUAUGUCCGCACCCUGAAUGAGGCCUCGCCGCCGGGCAUGUCGGACUCUAACGGCCCUCUCGCCGAAGUGGGCGAAUUUGGUCACAUCGUGUUGGCAACCAAGGCUUGGCGCAAUGUCGUGGAGAUGAUGACUACUACUACUCUCGAGACGUUUUCCGAGGCUCAGUGUGUGGCCCUGGAGCAUCAGAUCGACGCGAUCCGCCAGUCGCUGCCGUUGCAUUUUGCCGACAAGCCUGGGCAAAUCACCCUGCAUAUCACCAUGGGUAGCGGCUACACGUACGCGAUGAUCCACGCACUCCUCAACUGCGGCACCAUUUUUGUCAACCGCCGCCGAAUUCUCCAGGCCGUUACGGACGAGAACUUCUCUAUUGAUGCUUGGCGCUUGUCUUCUCAUACUCAUGGUGAGGCAGUCGAUCGCAUUUUUGGCGCGUCGCAUAGCAUCAUCCACUCGCUUCUAGCACUGGAGACCGGGGCGGAUAAGGAUAGCAUUCUCUGUUUCCCGAUCUUUAUGCUCUUCUCCGCCUUCACCGCAGGUUCAACGGUCGCCUACCUUACCCUCAAGGGACUCGCACCGCCCGACGUCAUCGAGUCGGCUGGAAACAUCGUCCGCGACAGCCUGAGACUCUGCCAGGAGGGGUCUGAGUCUUGGCCGCUGGUCCUCCCUUGGCAACGUCAUCUCUCUGUCAUGACAAAGGUCCUGCGCGAGGUGAAUAAUGUGUCCCGCGACAUCCACGAAUCGCGCGAGGAUAGCAAGCAGGCCCACCGUGUCUCGCCUUCGGUCAAGGACGACAUUAUUAGUCAGGCUGACACGAACCCUGAUCCCAUGGACUAUGACCAGGCUAUCCCGCCUGUACCACUUCCUCCGCCUCCUGCCAGCAUGGAGGGCCGAGAUAGCGAGCCUCCGGCCCCGAGACGACCCGGGAUCACCACGAUUAAUGGUGGAUCUGCUGGCGCGUCGACUCCAGCUACGGCUAGCCCUCCGCCCUCUAGCCUUGCGCCCAAGGUAGACUCCCCUGGUGCCAUGUCGUCGACGUCCGUCAGCGGUCUCCCCCAGCCACCACAACCCGGCCCGGAUGUUGACAUGUCAGCUAUCGAGCUUUGUGCGGCGUUUGAGAGGCAGCUGCUGGAGCUUGAUGACCUGGCCGCAUUCAUGGGAGGCGGAGUGUGA